AAAUUCAUCACAAAAGAAAAAGAAAAGAAAACGAAUUCACAAACUGCUACAGUAAUGGCUCUAAUUCGUAAUCACCCUUCUGCUUCUCUCGGUGAGAUCAGACCAUGGAAGAUCAAAGUGCAGAUAGUUAGAACGUCGAAGGGAAAUAAGAAAGAAUCAGACAACUCCAUCGACUUGGUUUUACUCGAUUCGUCGGAGACAAGAAUUCACACAACUAUAGAUGAAGCUCUUUCUAGAUGGAUUAUGAACAUUAGUGGUGAUAAUAUCAACAAUCCAAAUGAUGGAGAAACUGAAAUUGAUAUUUCCAAAGAUUUGUUGAUAACUGAAUCCAAAGAUCCUAUCAAAACUUUACUGAAAGAAGUUUAUGGAGAAUAUUUUGCAAAGUCCUACAAUCCUGAUUUUUGUCACGACAGUGCUAUUUUGUGUCAUCGUGAUGACGAUGUGGAUCAGAUUAAUGAUUAUAUGCUUUCACUAUUACCAGGUGAAGAGAAAGAAUGUCUCAGCACUGACAGUAUUUCUCCAAGCCCAAAUGACGACAUGUUUGUCCCUCUAGAGGUUUUGAAUAGCAUCAAAGUCCCCGGAUUGCCUGAUUUUAAGCUGAGGUUAAAGGUUGGUGCUCCUGUCAUGUUACUUAGGGACCUUGAUCCUAGCCGUGGUUUUUUUACGGGGACAAGACUUCAAAUUACUCGGCUGUGUGGGUUUUUGCUUGAGGCUAUGAUUAUAGCAGGUAAUAAGCAUGGUAAGAAAAUCUGGAUCCCUAGGAUAGCUUCAUACCCCACAGAAACAAAUUUUCCUCUUCAAAUGCGGCGUACGCAAUAUCCUUUGAAACUUGCGUUCGCGAUGACUAUAGAUGAAAGUCAAGUGCAUACACUUUCCAAAGUUGGUCUAUAUCUACCAAGACAAGUGUUCUCUCAUGGACGACAGAUGUUUGUUGCUAUAUCCAAGGUGAAGUCAAGAGCUGGUUUGAAAGUUCUUAUAACAGACAAAGAUGGGAACCCUCAGGAAGAAGCCAAGAAUGUUGUGUUCAAGGAGUUGUUUCAAAACAUUUAGUCGUCGACAUUUGGUUGACCUUUUUUUUUUUUUUGUUAAAUCUUUCUCUGGCUUACGCAGUAUCCUUUCACACUUGCAUUUGCCAUGACUAUAGACCAGAGUCGAGGCCAAACAUUUUCCAAAGUUGGUCUGUAUCUACCAAAACAAGUGUUCUUUCCUGGACAAAGGUAUCUUGCCAUAUCCAAAGUUAAGGCCGGAACUGGUUUGACCCAAUUUCUUAUCGCAGAAGAAGCUGAGAAAUCCCAGGUAGAAGCCGAAAAUGUUGUCUUGAAGAAGUUGUUUUGGAACGUUUAGUCUACAGGUCUUUGUUUUUUCUUUUUCUUCAAAACAUCGCAUAAUUAAGACUUUGGUUUUAUCGACUGCUACAUGUGUAUUAGAAUUUGUACCGAAAUGUGUGAAAUCC